CCCUCAGUUGUCCGGAAGGAGCAGUUUAUGAAAUGCUAACAAGUGCCUGCCCAAAUACGUGCGUGAACCCGACGGCGAGCAGUCAGUGUAUGGAGAAUGAGGUAGAAGGGUGUGAAUGUGAAGAUGGCAAGUUAUUUGAUGGUGAGAAGUGCGUGUCACCGCGGGACUGUGGAUGCAGAUAUGCUGGCCUUGUAUUUCAGCGUGAUACUACCUUCAUGACACAUGACUGUAAACGUAUGUGUAGGUGUACUGUAGAUGGGAUUACUGAAUGUGAACGAAUACAAUGCCACGGGAAUGCUUACUGUGGGUUGGACAGUGAUUUCAAUUAUGGUUGUCAUUGUACUGAUGGCUACGAUGGUGAUGGUAUUGAGAGCUGUUUGAAAUCAUAUUCAGAGUGCGUAAUAUAUGGUGAUCCACAUUAUAGCACAUUUGAUGGUAGGACAUAUGACUUCCAGGGAGAAUGUGAAUAUACGUUGUCCACUUCUGCAUGCGGAGAUAUUCAAUUUCUACCUGUUUACAGUGUUAUUGCAAACAACCAGAAAAUCAAGCCAAGUGACAGCGUCAGUUAUACCAGAGAAGUUUAUGUCAUAGUUGAAGAUGUGGAAUAUGAAUUACUCCAGGGUAAUAAUGUUCGCGUAAACGGGUCUAGUGUAAAUCUACCAUACAACGAUUUCAAAGUGGAAGUGAAAAAUUCGGGCAGAUAUGUA